AACAUAGAAGCUGCGAUUGGCUGUUUGCAUGUAGUUUACGAGAGUCGAGACACUGUUGCAAAAUAAACCUGAGACGUGUCGAGCUGCCUGUGAUGAUUCUCUGAAUUCGAUCGGAAACGGUGGCAGAACUAUUAUUCAGUCUGGGGAUAAGCUACAGUUCUAAAACUAUUGGAUAUGGUUUGUCGUUAUCUACUAGACCGCAUGGCAUAAAUUAUUAAUCCAACUAGUGGUAGGCAAUACAUUUUACAGUGUACUGUAUUGUAGCCUAUACAGAAAUCUUUGUUUUGCAUAAGAGGCAAGAUCAGAAAAUCGUCACUUUUACCCAGAAUAUUUCUUACACAUUAGUAACACUAUCAUUACUUACACAUUAGUAACACUAUUAUUGAAAGAUAAGAAAUGGAUGAAUCAAACGGUUCUUCAAAAAGGACUAUUCUGUGUUUAUUUGACGUGGACGGCACUCUUACCCCACCGAGAGAGAAAAUUGACCCUAAGCUGGAUGAGUUUUUACAGUCUCUGCGCAGGAAAGUGAAGAUCGGCAUAGUGGGUGGAUCAGACUACUCAAAGAUCGCAGAGCAGCUGGGUGAGGGAGAUGAAGUGAUACAGAAGUUUGACUAUGUGUUUGCUGAGAAUGGCACGGUGCAGUACAAAGAUGGGAAGCUCCUUUCCAAACAGGCCAUCCAGAACCAGAUAGGAGAGGAACUACUACAGGACCUCAUUAACUUCUGUCUCAGCUACAUGGGGCUGAUCAAGCUGCCCAAGAACUGUUCUUAUACACAUCUAGAUGUGUAUAAGAGACAGGUAUUAAACAAUUCCCCCAUUGGCCGGAGCUGCACACUUGAGGAGCGAAUCGAAUUCUCUGAAAUUGACAAGAGAGAGAAAAUCCGGGAGAAGUUUGUUGCGGCCCUGCAGGAGGAGUUUGCUGGGAAGGGUCUACGAUUUACGAGAGGUGGUCUCAUCAGUUUUGACGUGUUCCCUGAAGGCUGGGACAAGAGGCUCUGUCUGGACGUGCUGGAGYGGGAGGGCCUGGACGCUAUCUACUUCUUUGGCAACGAGACYUCGUCUGGGGGAAACGACUAUGAGAUCUUCAAUGACCCACGGACCAUUGGUUUCACAGUAUACUCACCAGAGGACACAGCCAGGCACUGUCGAGAGAUUUUCUUCAAAGCUCCCGCCAAUGAGUCGUGAUAAAUCGUGCAGCAGGCACUCUCACAGUCAGCUUCCCUUGGGCUCCCCCUGUUGUUCAGGGCAGGUUCUAAGAGCACCUGAAGGAGAAGAGGUGGAGAUGGGAGGUAAACCACUACAGAUUUGUUAAGUAAUCAAUGCAUUGUUGUUGUAUAAUAUUAUUCUAACUAGCACUGGACACAUAAAGGGAUCAUCAGUAAUUCACAUUGGCUGGACUCCCAUGGAAAUUACUAUGAGAUGUGGACAGAUCUGCUUUUUUAAAGGGAUGAUAGCUCAAACAAUGUGAGGAAGUUUACUAAUGUUUUCAGUUUUUUAUCAUGACUAAGUGUAUAGUAAUGUAAGGUUUUAAUGUAAUAUCUGACUGUUUAACAUCUAUCAACCCAAUGUUUUUUGUAGCGUGUCCCUGUAUUUGUAUGUAACAUCAAAUGAACCAUAAUGUCUUAUAGGCCCUCCUGUAAGACAAUCCUCUUUUGUGAAUAUCAUGUGAAGAUUUCUAUACAUUUUGAGUAGAUAAUGUAAAUACCCACUUCUGUUUUGCACUAAUAUUGAUACAGUUAUCUGACAAACUGGG